UUGCCGAGAUUCGCUAUCACGUGAUUAGAAAAUGGCGGCUGCUUGGCACAGAAUUUGAGAUUGGAUCUAGUUUUAUUUAAUUUUCGGAAUGGCUCGUACACUUUUCUAUGUUUUAUUUACAUUUUUAUGUCUUGUCAUAACUUCUUCUCACGGAAAAUAUGUGGAAGGUGAAAUUAAUACUUUACAGGACUGGGAGUUUAUAACAAGAUUCUGCUUUCUGUCAGCCAAGGGCACACUCCGAUUUACCUUCGAAUAUCCUAUUACAUAUGGACCACAACAUAUAUUGCUGUACUAUGACACGCCGGACCAGUGGGAUGCUGUUUACAAGUCAGACAAGACGUGCAGACAGAAAUUGGCUGUUCUGGAUGUAAACAAUAAUCAGAUUAUAAAUCUGACAACAUCGUAUGGUCUUUCCGGAUGCACCAUUAACAAUGCCGGCAUGUAUAAUUGUGUUGGUGGCCGUAUAUUUCGGUCGUCACGUGAACGCUGGUGGUUUAUUGCCGUCAGCCAUUGUGACCGAGACCCCUC